GUUUAUACCGUACACACACUAUACUUACGUCGCUAUAAGUCGGCUGAGUUUAUCACAAUCUUCUGCAUAUUGUUUUUCACUUUUUUAUCCGUGAUAUGGCCAAGGAAGUCUACUUAGUCUAAUCUAACGAUAACCGUUGUGCGACGCUUUUUUCUUCGACAAUUUUGAUAUUCCGGUGCACUUUUGUCGAUCGCCGAAAUGGGCAGGAACAAAGAGGUUCUGUCACUUCUGCUUCUUGCCGUCGUGAAUUUUAGUUACGCCGAAGUGUUUUACAAUAUCAUCAAGCACCAGGAGAAUCCGUGUGUCAACGUCUGCAAGGAGGCACCAUUGCCGAUAACAAACAAAGAGAUCGAUCCCGAGGGUAAGUAUGUUACGACCUGCUGCCAGAGAGGAUGUAGAUUUUUCAACUUGGUGGACCUAGUUGAGUCCAACAAUCUUAACAACAGUCUUGAUGCCUGUUAUUCCUCAUGUACAGAGGCAUACACAGUACUGCAAGAUAUGAUAGCAUGCAGGAUUGGUUGUGCUUCCAUGGCAAACCAACGGGGAACUGUAUCGCUUGCCUCGAUUAUGCACAUACAGAUUGGCGAUGGCGUUAGCCCUAAUAUUUUGCUGAUUUCUCCUGAUAUUUCUGAAAAUGAUAUUCUGACCGAUCCUGGUCUUCGUAAGGAGAUACUGCCUGAAUGGUGGGACUCAAAUGGGUUCAAAUUGCCAGAAACAUACUUCAAAACAGUCCCUAUUGACUCUGGGACGGUGGAUUAUAAUGUUGUAUCAGAAGAGAGAUCACCAUCUCUACCAGGAUCAGACUGGCUUCAGUGUGCUUCUCGUCAUACAGGAAUACCUCGCUGGCUGCUGGCAUUUGCUAUAGCUACUGCAGCACUUUCAGCCCUCUGGUUAUGCCUGUCUCCAGAAAAAACGACUGAUACCAUUGAAAAGAUAACUCCAGUCAAACUAAGCUCUCCAAGUAAGAUUAUUUUAGAUUUGCCUGAUGAGGCUCCUUUGUACAAGAAACCACCUCCUAAAUAUCAUGAAGUUGUUGAUCCAAAUGAUCCCAACUUGCAAGUUUAAAAUUAGAUCCAAAAGUCGUUUCUAUAUAACUUUUAUCACAGAAUGCAACUGCUUUAAAAGGUUUAAUUAAAGAAGCAAAAGUUUAAUCAAAUUCUUAUCAGAUGUAAUAUAAUGAUUGUAAUUUAUAAAAUCAGUUCAGAAUCAAAAGUGUUUAUAUUUUUUUAACAAAAUAUGUUAAAUUACUCAAUUGGAGGCAAAAAAAAUGUAUGUGUUAAGACACGAACAAGAAAUAUUUAUAUUUUAUAUUACUUAACGAUUUAUAUUUACUUAAAGCAUUGAAAGAAUUGUGUUAUGAAAUUUUGAAAAAUUUCCCUGCAUUAAUUAAACGUAAAAGCAGCUGGAGUACACUUUUACAAAAAGACUUUAAAUUUCUGUAUACAAUUCUUACAUAAGAUUAUAAUUACAAAUAAUUAGAAAAUAGUUUCGUCUACAUAAACAUACAUGUAAUAUUAUAUUGUCUUAAUAAUUAAGAUAUUUAAAAAUAUUGAUUGAUCUUUUAAUCUCAGCAAGUAGCCAUACUACUUGUUAUGAUAUACCCAUGGGAGUCCAGCAGUAUUCUUAACACAUGUAGGUCUAAUUGUAUGUUAAAAAUUAGACUACAUUCUUUCAUGAUAUGAAUGUGAAAUAUGCUAUUGUUAUUUACGCGUGGUUCACGGAUUGUAAGAACUAUAGGUACACACUAUUUUUUGUUUAUCUCAUUAGAGCUAUAGAACUAUUAUACUUAUAAGCACUUGUUAUAAAUAUUUAUUAAAUAAUUCGGGAAUAAUGGAUUGCGACUUGAUUUUUUUUUUCAACAAAUAGUUGAAUAUAUUUAAAUUGUCAUAAUAAUAAUAAGAAACAACGAAAAUAAUUUAUAUUUUAUAUUUUUUCAAAAAUCUUUUUCGAAUGGAUUAGUUUAUGUGUUAAUUAGUUUUAUUUUAAAGUCGGCGAAUUAAAAAUGUGAUAUAAAUCAACAUUCUGUGAUUAUAUAGGCUUUUUGUUUGCUUUUGUGUGAUGAAUAAGCUAAAAACUCUAGGACAGCUUUUCAAGUUAUAAACUUGAUUGAUUGGAUAAGUGUAAAUUAUUCAUGUUGUAGUUGAUUGUAUUUUAAAAGGAUAUGAUAUUAUAGUGCUGAAUAAAGAACCCACGUAAAAUUUUAGGUGA